GCUUCUUUUCCUUCCAUUAAAUAAAAACAAACACUCUCUUCACGGCCUACAUAUCCCUCACUCACUUCCUUUCUUUUCAUUCACCAAUGGAAGCCAGCGCGGGACUUGUCGCCGGUUCUCACAACCGCAACGAGCUUGUUGUCAUUCAUGGCCACGAAGAGCACAAGCCACUAAAGAACUUGGAUGGUCAAGUGUGUGAGAUAUGUGGGGAUGAAAUAGGAGUAACAGUGGAUGGAGAUUUAUUUGUAGGAUGCAAUGAGUGUGGUUUUCCAGUUUGCAGGCCUUGUUAUGAGUAUGAAAGACGAGAAGGCACUCAAGUUUGCCCUCAAUGCAAAACUCGAUACAAGCGUCUUAAGGGGAGCGCGAGGGUGGAAGGAGAUGAAGAUGAAGAGGAUAUAGAUGACAUAGAACACGAGUUCAAUAUUGAAGAUGAAAAAGAUAAAACCAAACAUCUUACAGAAGCACUGCUUUAUGGGAAGAUGACUUAUGGAAGAGGUCGUGAUGACGAAGAUAUUAAUACUCAAAUCCCACCGGUUAUAUCCGGUGGUAGAUCCAGACAAGUGAGUGGAGAGUUUCCUGUUGGAGCUUAUGGUGAUCAAAUGUUGGCAUCUUCACUUCACAAAAGAGUGCAUCCAUAUCCAGAUUAUGAACCUGGAAGUGAAAGAUGGGAUGAAAAGAAAGAGGGAGGGUGGAAAGACAGGAUGGAGGACUGGAAACUGCAACAGGGCAAUUUGGGACCUGAAGAUGAUGAUCCUGAUUCUGCCAUGAUGGAUGAGACAAGGCAGCCAUUAUCAAGAAAAGUACCAAUUGCUUCAAGCAAGAUCAAUCCUUAUAGAAUGAUCAUUGUGGCUCGCCUUUUCAUUUUGGCAUUUUUCCUUCGCUAUAGGCUUAUGAACCCUGUUCAUGAUGCCAUUGGCCUCUGGCUAACUUCUGUCACUUGUGAAAUUUGGUUUGCUAUAUCAUGGAUUCUUGAUCAGUUCCCCAAGUGGCUACCAAUUGACCGCGAAACCUAUCUUGAUCGCCUUUCUCUCAGAUAUGAGAGGGAAGGUGAGCCAAACAUGCUAGCUCCUGUUGAUUUUUUUGUCAGUACUGUGGAUCCCAUGAAGGAACCUCCUCUUGUUACUGCAAACACAAUGUUGUCAAUCUUAGCUGUAGAUUACCCAGUUGAGAAGAUCUCAUGCUACCUAUCUGAUGAUGGUGGUUCCAUGUGCACCUUUGAAACCAUGUCUGAAACUGCUGAAUUUGCUCGAAAGUGGGUUCCAUUCUGCAAGAAAUUUAACAUAGAGCCUCGAGCGCCUGAGAUGUACUUCGCUUUAAAGGUGGAUUAUCUCAAGGACAAAGUGCAGCCUACAUUUGUUAAAGAACGAAGAGCUAUGAAGAGAGAAUAUGAAGAAUUCAAGGUGAGGAUCAAUGCCAUUGUGGCGAAAGCACAGAAGGUUCCUCCAGAGGGAUGGAUAAUGCAAGAUGGCACUCCAUGGCCUGGAAACAAUACUAAGGAUCACCCUGGUAUGAUUCAGGUGUUUCUCGGUCACAGUGGCGGUCAUGAUGUUGAAGGAAAUGAGCUCCCUCGCCUUGUUUACGUGUCUCGUGAGAAGAGGCCUGGAUUUACACAUCAUAAGAAAGCCGGUGCCAUGAAUGCUCUGAUUCGUGUCUCUGCAGUACUUACUAAUGCUCCUUUCAUGCUCAACUUGGAUUGUGAUCACUAUGUAAACAACAGUAAGGCUGUCCGAGAAGCCAUGUGUUUCUUGAUGGAUCCUCAGGUUGCAAAGAAAAUUUGCUAUGUACAGUUCCCUCAAAGAUUCGAUGGUAUUGAUAGAAAUGAUCGAUAUGCAAACAGAAACACUGUAUUCUUUGAUAUUAAUAUGAAAGGUCUAGAUGGAAUUCAGGGUCCAGUGUAUGUCGGCACAGGAUGUGUUUUCAGGAGGCAAGCAUUGUAUGGAUAUUUACCUCCAAAGGGCCCCAAACGCCCAAAGAUGGUAACGUGUGACUGCUGCCCAUGUUUCGGACGCCGCAAAAAGAAGCAUGCUAAGCAAGGAGCAAAUGGAGAAAUUGCAAACCUUGGAGGAGAUGAUGACAGAGAGAUUUUAAUGUCUCAGUUGAACUUUGAGAAGAAAUUCGGACAGUCAGCAAUUUUUGUGACUUCAACUUUAAUGGAAGAUGGAGGUGUUCCUCCUUCCUCAAGCCCUGCAGCUCUGCUUAAAGAAGCCAUCCAUGUGAUCAGUUGUGGCUACGAGGACAAAACCGAAUGGGGACUUGAGCUGGGCUGGAUUUAUGGUUCAAUUACAGAGGAUAUCCUUACGGGUUUCAAGAUGCAUUGCCGUGGAUGGAGGUCCAUCUACUGCAUGCCAAAGAGACCUGCAUUCAAGGGUUCAGCUCCCAUCAAUCUGUCAGAUCGGCUCAACCAAGUGCUUCGGUGGGCUCUUGGUUCUGUCGAGAUCUUCUUUAGUCGUCAUAGCCCUUGCUGGUAUGGCUACAAAGAAGGAAAGCUCAAGUGGCUUGAGCGAUUAUCAUAUAUCAACACAACUGUGUAUCCUUUCACCUCUAUACCACUUCUUGCCUAUUGUACCCUUCCUGCCAUCUGCUUGCUCACUGACAAAUUCAUCAUGCCAGAGAUAAGCACCUUUGCAAGUCUAUUCUUCAUUGCUUUAUUCAUAUCAAUUUUCGCAACCGGUAUUCUUGAGCUAAGAUGGAGUGGAGUGAGCAUUGAAGAAUGGUGGAGAAAUGAGCAGUUCUGGGUCAUUGGUGGCAUCUCAGCUCACCUGUUCGCUGUCGUGCAAGGUCUUUUGAAAGUUUUAGCUGGUAUUGACACAAACUUCACAGUCACUUCCAAGGCAAUGGAUGAUGAGGAAUUCGGUGAACUAUACGCAUUUAAAUGGACGACCCUUCUGAUACCUCCAACGACCAUCUUAAUCAUAAACCUUGUGGGAGUCGUCGCUGGAAUAUCCGAUGCUAUAAACAAUGGAUACCAAUCAUGGGGACCUUUGUUUGGGAAGCUCUUCUUUGCCUUCUGGGUGAUUGUCCAUCUUUACCCAUUCCUAAAAGGUCUAAUGGGACGGCAAAACAGGACACCAACCAUUGUUGUUAUUUGGUCAAUUCUCUUGGCUUCAAUCUUUUCCUUGCUUUGGGUUCGAAUUGAUCCAUUUGUCAUGAAAACCAAGGGACCUGACACCAAGCAAUGUGGACUCAACUGCUGAGAAGUUUGUGUAUUUUAUCUUCUUUGAUAUGUGCAUCUCUGACAGAUACAUGUACAUUCUUGCUGUAAAAGUAUCAUAUAUGAUGCAUGGACCGACAAAAAUGAAGAUGCGCAAGAAAUAAAGCUAGAGAGUGAAAUGUUUUGAGUUGCAAUUUGUAAUGAGCCAAUUUUUGUAAGAGAAGUGAAAGAUUUGAUUCUCACUUAAAUUAGAGUGAAAGAUUUGAUUCUCAA